UUUAUAAGUGGAAUUUGGUGGACGUCGAGAAAAAAUUCUGAAAGGCGGACCAACAAGAAUUUGUAUUUUGCACCUUUAUUUAAAUUGUGUGUGUAUUAUUUUAUCAGGACAGUGCUGCAAUCAGUUACAAAAUAUAGAUAUUUAUGCUGAAGUAUUAUUUUCUGCACUAAAAUAAUUAGGUUUUGAUAAGUUAUAAUGGCUGUCCCUACAACCGGUGUAGUGGUUCCUCGAAAUUUCCGUUUACUUGAAGAACUUGAGCAAGGACAAAAAGGUGUAGGUGAUGGAACUAUAUCUUGGGGUCUUGAAAAUGAUGAUGAUAUGACUUUAACUCAUUGGACUGGAAUGAUAAUAGGACCCCCUCGGACUCCAUAUGAAAAUAGAAUGUAUUCAUUAAAAAUUGAAUGUGGUGCUAGGUAUCCCGAUGAUGCUCCCAGUGCUAAAUUUUUAUCUAGGAUCAAUAUAAACUGCAUUAACACUUCUAAUGGUGUUGUUGAUAACAGACAAGUACCCGUUUUGGCUCGAUGGCAAAGAGAUUAUACAAUAAAAUCUGUUCUUCAGGAAUUACGUCGCAUAAUGACUCUUAAAGAAAACAUGAAAUUAUCUCAACCACCUGAGGGCAGUUCAUUUUAGCCUUCCUCAAAGUUGAUUACCAACAAGAACCUCAGCUUGUGUGCGAUGGCUUUAACAUUAUUAAACACUUUAAUAAUCAUAGGAUAAGUUCAAUAGAAUAUUUACUAUGAUGGUAAGGAUGGAAGUUUUAUUAUGGAUAAAUAGUGGAAAACAAGUGUUGACAUUGA